AACUACACGUCCCACAAUGCUUACAACUUCCUGUUUUGUGUCCUAAGCAGGUCGCCCCAAAAAUAUGACAUUUUGUUUAGUGUUGCGCACAAUUAAUAUGUUUUUAGACGUAUUUGUAUAUAAUGUCGCAGACUUUUAUUAUGUUGAUAGAUGUUUAACUAUUGUAUCCAUUAUUACUGCUUUCCAAGCAAGCGUGAAUCAGAACUCAGAACUUAAAUAAACUACAAGUCCCGUAAUGCAUUCCAUAAACUCUCAUCUCGCGAGUUUUUACUUGAAUUUUAAACGCGGGAGCCACCCGCUGAAAGACUGAACGUUAUGCCAUGGAUUCUGUAGACGAGGACGUGUCUGCUCGAGUUCUACUGCAAAGUGUAAUUCAUACAGAGUCCUCCAGGUCCCCAAUUACCCGCAGUGCCUCCCAGGCUCAGUUCCAGUCCCUGGGGUCCAGAGUCAGACGUAGUAUCAGACUAAGGAGGAGUGAUGUUGGGACCCUUACACCACAGGAGGCCCUCAAACAGAGCAUCAAAAAGAAGCUUCAUGAGAGCACUUCCAGGUUAACCCCGCCAGUGCCACCCAGUAAGAGGCGGACUAUAUCAGAGGGAGUCAGGAAGAUAAACACGCCUGCACCAGCCACAGCCUCACUUCUCUAUGAUGAUGACAUCACACCUAGAUACCUACUCAGGGGGAUCCUGCAAACAGAGCCGGAGACAUCCCUUCUGGUUCAGGACCGGCCAGUCAAGAAGGAGCCAGAGCUGCCCUCCACAAACUCCAGUCUUCACAGCAACCGCCCAAGUACAGGGCUGUCUGACUUAGAUUUCCCUGACAUGACCACCACAGUAAACCUGUCAAAUACAGUGAAGGGACUAAGCAGGAAGCGACCACGUCGGAGUCUCAACAUAACAGCAUUCAACAGGCAGCUUGAACAUGAAGAUUUUUUUUUUGCAGAUGGAGAGGCUGAAGGUGGCAGUGCAACAGAAAAAGACCUCUCAUCCCUGUCUUCUGCCUCUCCAAACUCUAUCACCUUCUCCCUGAAAACACCCUUUGUGGAUGUUCGGACUGAGAAAAGGGGAUUUCAAAGGAAGGUAACAAAUCGUAAAAAAAUUUGCCUUGAGGAGUUUGACGAGGCCCUACAGAAUCGACUGGCGGCGAUGGGUGGAGACCCUGAGGUGAGUGUUAGGGAGGAUCAGCAGGGUCUCAGUGAGACCGUUCGGUCUGAGGGGUUUACCUUGGGACAGAGUGACCUCACCGCUCCUGACAUCACCCAUGACAUCAUCACCAGCAACACAGCGCUCUACUCCCUGCCUGUUGACACAGCAACAACCUUCACUAUCACCACCCAGGACAAAGACACCAUCACGGGAACACAGAUCCAGCGAGAAAUGGGAGGGAUGAAGGAUGAGGAUGAGAAAAUUAUGGAGGAGGUAGGGGAACCAAAUGAGGACAAGAUGGAAUUAGACAACAAAGAUGGAGAGGAUUUGGCUGGAGAUGUUGGGCAGAGAGAGGACUCAGUGAGACAGAAGGUGUCCAAAUCACAGACUGUAGAAGCGGUAGCUGACUCCCAGACAGAAGAUGAGGAGCUGGCUAAAUCUCAGACAGAAGAGGACGGGGUGGCUGAAUCUCAGACAGAAGAGGACGGGGUGGCUGAAUCUCAGACAGAAGAGGACGGGGUGGCUGAAUCUCAGACAGAAGAGGACGGGGUGGCUGAAUCUCAGACAGAAGAGGACGGGGUGGCUGAAUCUCAGACAGAAGAGGACGGGGUGGCUGAAUCUCAGACAGAAGAGGACGAGGUGGCUGAAUCUCAGACAGAAGAGGACGAGGUGGCUGAAUCUCAGACAGAAGAGGACGAGGUGGCUGAAUCUCAGACAGAAGAGGACGAGGUGGCUGAAUCUCAGACAGAAGAGGACGAGGUGGCUGAAUCUCAGACAGAAGAGGACGAGGUGGCUGAAUCUCAGACAGAAGAGGACGAGGUGGCUGAAUCUCAGACAGAAGAGGACGAGGUGGCUGAAUCUCAGACAGAAGAGGACGAGGUGGCUGAAUCUCAGACAGCAGGGGACGAGGUGUCUGAAUCUCAGACAGCAGGGGACGAGGUGUCUGAAUCUCAGACAGCAGGGGACGAGGUGUCUGAAUCUCAGACAGCAGGGGACGAGGUGGCUGAAUCUCAGACAGCAGGGGACGAGGUGGCUGAAUCUCAGACAGCAGGGGACGAGGUGGCUGAAUCUCAGACAGCAGGGGACGUAGCAGAUGAAGGGGGACAGGUAGUGGAAGAAGGGCAGGAAAAAAGAUUGAUAUCACAGAGUUUAACACACAAUGCGAUGCACAUCAGUCGGAGAGCUUAUUGCUCAGAGGGUGGCGUCAAGGUUGCUGGAGUGAUGGAAGGAGGGAGGGGCUACAAGAGCAUGGGAGCAGCGCUCCAUCCUACAGAGACUGGGUGGGCAGGCAGAAGGUCACAGGGGGACACGGCUGGUGAGUGGCACAGCGGGCCGGAGGUGGGAGCUAGUGAGAGCAACCACACCCGCACAGUAACCCUUGGCAGCGUCCCUCCCUCCCCGUUGCCCCAGGAAGAUGAGCUGGAAGGUUUGAGUAGAACUGGCACCAGCCUUGGCAAUGAGGAGAUGGAGAACUCCAUGCCUCCUUUAGAGAUGACCUUUGAACCUGAGAACAACGCCCCUCACAGCAGCAACUCAUCCCUGCACCCAAUCACUGCCCAGAGCCCAGCUGAGCAUGAGGGGGACUGGGAUGAUGUGGAAGAGGGGGAUGGUGUCUGGAGUGAAGAGCUGUCCAUGAAGACUCCUGCGUUUGUCAGAGAGAAGAGGAAUGCUCUGACUAUUGACCACCUGGCCACACCCACUGUUCUCAAAGACCUUCAACCAAGGCAAUGUUUCGGCUGUGCUGCUGCGGUGAAGCCCAAAGCUGUGAGGGGAAAGCGGACUGGAUCAGCCAAGAAGGAUCCUGGUCUCUCUAAGAGCUACAUCAUGAGCGUGUUCAAACACUUCGCCAAGACCAAGGUGUCUACAGAUGUCUACCCUGUCCUAAAGGAGAUAAUGGAGCGCUACUUUGACCGGCUAGCUGAUGACUUGGAGACGUUUGCUGCUCACGCCAAGAGGAAGACCAUUGAGGUAGAGGACGUAGAGCUGCUGAUGCGGAGACAGGGGUUUGUGACUGACAGCAUGCCAGUAAAUGUGUUGAUUGAGAAAUAUCUCCCAAUGGAAUCCCGAAAGCUCCUCAUUCCUGUGGCAACAAGUGGUAACUACGUCAUUCCCAAACCGAGGAGAAAAUGAUCAGCCUAUACUGAGAAUGAUCAGCCCAAAUGAGGGCUGAUGUUCUAUAUAUUUGAUUGAUUAUCUAUGAACAGCUGUUCAUUUAUUAUUUGUAGACACUCAUUCAAACACAGCCAGGACAAGACCAUGUAACCUGGAUGUAACCUGUUGUAAAUGUGUUGUAUUUGUUUGAAUAUGGCUUUCUUUUAUAUUUGUCGAAUAUUACUGCAAAAUGUUUUAUUUGAUUUAUUCAGUAGUCUGGCAUUUGUACGUGCCUUUGGAUGAGAAAGGAGACUGGAGUUUAAAGCCCUGAGGUUAUGAGUGCAUUGGAUUCCAUCAGAGCAACCUGAAAGACACAACCAAUACAAGCACAAUAGUUUGUAGACACUAAUCUAAUGUCCCCUGUCCUCAUGCUGCCCCCAGUUUUCAAAAUCGACCCAGCUAAUCACAGUACAGUCAGAAUAAAAAAGCAAUAAUUCAAACUUUCGCAUUCCAUACUUUGGGGUGUAAUCAUUACUCCAAUUCUGUUUAAAAACGUUUUGCAACAAACCAUUUACUCCAAACAGAAAAUGCAUACGACAGUUUCUAUUGGACUAAUUCAGGUAGGCCCGGUUUUCGUUCGCCUUGUUUGCUUUCGUUUGGUUCUUGGUAAACGGUCAGUUUUCAGUCCGUACGCGCCGAACACACCGACUGCGUCUUGCGUUUUGGUGCACUAGAAGUACAUUCAUUUCCAGUGCAACGCUGCGUUUGCCUUAUAUUGCGUUGCAGAGGCAGUUGUAAUCCGUUGUGUAGUAAAUCGAAUGUAUGCAUUAAAUGGUAUGCGUAGAAUGUUGAAUUUUUGUUGCACACAUCCAGUAAAAAAGUGGAUUCCAUAAUAAAAAGUUGAAUUACUUAA